AUGGCAGCUAAACUGCGAUUCAACUACACAAACACCAUGGCUGAAUACGAAGCUUGUAUUCUUUGUUUGAAAAUGGCCAUUGACAUGAAUGUUUACAAGUUGCUGAGCCAUCCGCUUCUAAUGGACAGAUUCAUUUUGGUUGCCAUUGAUUAUUUCACUAAGUGGGUGGAAGCAACCUAUUACAAGUCGGUAACCAAGAAAGUGGUAGUCGACUUUGUCCGCAACAAUCUGAUAUGCAAAUUUGGAGUUCCAAAGUCCAUCAUUACUGAUAACGGUGCAAAUCUCAACAGUCAUCUGAUGAAAGAGAUAUGUGAACAAUUCAAGAUUAUUCACCGGAGGUCCACUGCUUAUCGCCCUCAAAUGAACGGAGCUGUAGAGGCCGCCAACAAGAAUAUCAAGAAGAUUUUGAAGAAGAUGAAUUACAAACAGCGAGGUUGGCAUGAAAUGUUGACAUAUGCUCUACUGGGUUAUCGAACAACGGUCAGAACAUCGACUUGGGCUACUCCAUACCUUCUUGUAUAUGGAACAGAAGCAGUCGUACCUGUUGAAGUCGAGAUACAGUCAUUGAGGAUCGUCCAAGAAGCUGAGUUAAGCAACGCUGAGUGGGUUAGCAAACGGAUGGAUUAA